AUGAGGAAGGACAGGUUUGCUACAAUUUCCGCGCGUCAAGACAGAGACCUCCAGCUCCUGCAGCGGACAGAGCCGUGGCGCCUCCCCGAUGUUCGCGCGCUCAUCUGCCGCGCGGCCCCGUCCUCCUUCCCCCUGAUCCCACCGCGACAUCACCCGGGGAUGUCUGCCCUCCAGGAGAACCACAGCUACGGUCUCUCCAGCGCCCAGUGCGCCUCCAACCUCUCCGUGUUCCACGUAAAACUCACUGACAGCGCGGCCAGAGCGAUCGAGGGUUUCCAGAGCGGAAAGGGCUGGGCCUCGUCUCCUACCAUCUGCUUCAGCGACAACAAAGGGAGGAUCAGGCUCCCGUGUGCGGACGCCCAGGACCAAGCGCGGGUCUUCACCUUCAGUGUCAGCAAUGUGUCGAGCCACAACCCGCACGGGCGCUUCGAGUGCGUGCAGCAGGCCAGCGGCAGGGCCGCAGAGGAGCUGUCCUGCCUGGGCAUCAUCCACAAGAAGAUGACGGUCAACGCCACGGACGACUCCUACGACAAAGCCAAACAGAGCAUGGCCCAGGCCGAGGAGGACACCCGCAGCAGGGGGGCCAUCGUCAUCAAGCACGGGGGCCGCUUCCAGGGUCGCAAAUUAACAGUCCGCUCCUCAGCCCCCUCCAACCCCCCCCAGACCAAGGCCAAGGCCUCCCUCCUCGGCCUGAAGAAGCUGGCCAACAGUAGACCUAAGGCCAAACAGACCACGUCUCCUCUGCUGACUCAGCGGAACAACGGCGUGGAGGUGCAGCACAGGCCUCUGAAGGAGCGAGUGGCCCACAUCCUGGCCCUCAAACCCUACAGAAAAGCGGAGCUCCUGCUGCGGCUGCAGAGAGACGGGCUGCGGCCGGAGGACAAGCACGAGCUGGACGCACUGCUGCACCAGGUGGGUCAGCAGAGCAGUAAGGACAAUGCUUUUGUGCUGAAGGACAGUUUGUUCAAAGAGCUGCAGAAGGACUGGCCUGGAUACACGCCAGGAGACCAGCAGCUCCUCAAACGCAUCCUCGUCAGGAGACUAUUCCAGCCUCAGCAGAACCUCCUGUCCGUCCCGGAGGCUCAGGUCAGCCCUUUAAGAGACACCCCUAACUCCUCCCCCGCCCACCGCCCCAAGCUCCUACUGCAGGAGGAGCACGCCGAGCCCCCGCUGAGCAAACGGCCCAGGAUCUCCCACCUCUCCACCAAAACCCCCCUGACCAGGCCGGACCCACCCAGGCUGUCGGAGAACAAGAACCACUUAGACCCCAGGAAACUGUUCCAGUCCUUAUCCGAGGUGGACAAGAGACUAGAGAGCGAGACGUGUGAAGAAAAGAAGCAGGAAGCACCGGAAAAUCAACAAAACAGCUGCGACUCCCCGCCUUCGCCCGUCCCCGUCCCAGAUCUGACCAAAGCCAAAGUCACGCGCAAGAAGAGCCGACACAAACGCAAAGAAAAGGAGAAAGAGAGGAGCAAUGACAGAGAGGACGAUUCCAACCAAAUUUCUCAAGAUUACACAGAUUCUUGUGAAAAGCUGAUAGACUCCAACAUUCUUCAAGCCUAUGACACAAUGGACUAUUUAUUGAAGUACUGUGCGAUCGGCUCGGCGCAGCAGAGGCAGAGCUACAAGCUGGACUUCAACAGAGAGUACAGCGAGUACAGGGAGCUUCACGCUCGCAUCGACAGCGUGACCAGACAGUUCAUGGAGCUGGACACACAACUCAAGCAGCUGCAGAGCGACUCGCAGAAGUACAAGACUGUUCACAACCAAAUCGUCCAAGAGUAUCGCGAGAUUAAGAAGUCCAACCCGAAUUACAGCCAGGACAAAAUCCGCUGCGAGUACCUGCACAGCAAACUGGCACAUAUCAAGAAGCUGAUCUGGGACUACGACCAGCACCAGCGCUGA